CUCAUACCAUUACUACAACCACCGCAUACUACUAAGUACUACCUCAUCGAACGUUGCGAGCUUUUGUCUACUCGACCAUUACCGUAAUACACCUCACCUCUUUUAUAUCGAUUAAAAAAAGUCCCUUCAAAAUGGCGACCGCGACUGUCCACACUCCGGUCAAGUCCCAGGCGAACAUCGUCUCUACACGCCAUGCCGGAGGACGUAUGCCUCUUACCCCUUCACCCCGCACCCGUGCAUCGGCAAACAUGUCUCCGUUCACACCUCCCGCACCGGCACGCCGAGAUCCCGAAUGGCACGCCGACAAGAAGAAGCACGGUCACACUUCUCGGGGUUCGUUGCAUGACACCUUAUCGGCUCUGUCGUUGUCGACCUCGAAGCAGGCACCUACACGUCCUUCCUCCACCUUGAAGUCCACAACCACAUCCACGACAGCAACCCCGCUGCAAUUAGAUCUUGGAGUCAAUGAUUGGAACAUCGUUAGUUCGGCGCGUCCAACCACAGCGACUACUGGAACGAAGAAGACCCGUCCUUCUCGGCCGACCAAGAACACCGUCCGCAUCAAUGGCGAUCGUUUCAUUCCUACCCGUAGUGCUUCCUCUCCCACAGCCGCCAUGAAGGCCGAUCACCAAAGGCCCGGUAGCAGAACCAAGUCCCACGAGUCGGUCGUGAACGCCAAUGACGAUGUAUUUGGUCGGGACAACAGCGUACCGCCCGAGCACGAGGAGGAAGAGGAAUACCUGAACCGCAAGUCGCCGAAAUCCAAGGCCUACGACGCUUCAAUUGCCGAGGCCGUAGGGCUGAACCUUGGAACCCGGAUCCUCGCCUUCAAGCCGGCACCCCCAGAGUCCAGCAAGCCGAUCGACCUCCGUGCACAGUACAACCGUCCUCUCAAGUCCACUGCCAGUGCACAGACUCGCCGCCGCAUCCUUACCGCUCCCGAGCGUGUGCUCGACGCACCUGGCUUGGUCGAUGACUACUACCUCAACCUCCUCGACUGGGGCACCGGCAACCAGGUGGCAAUCGGACUCGAACGCAACGUUUACGUGUGGAACGCCGAGUCUGGUUCCGUCUCUUGCCUUCUCGAGACCUCUCCUGACACGUACGUUUCGUCUGUGCGGUGGUCCCAAGAUGGCGCCUACGUCUCGGUCGGUCUCGGUUCCGGCGAUGUUCAGAUCUGGGAUGUUGAGGAGGGCACCAAGCUGAGGACCAUGGCCGGCCACGAUACCCGCGUCGGUGUCAUGUCCUGGAACAAGGCCACUCUUUCCACCGGUUCCCGCAGUGGUAACAUCUUCAACCACGAUGUUCGCAUUGCCGAGCACAAGACCGCUGAGCUCCUCUCCCACACCUCCGAGGUCUGUGGCCUCGAGUGGCGUGCUGAUGGUGCCCAGCUCGCUUCUGGCGGUAACGACAACCUGGUCAACAUUUGGGAUGCGCGCCAGAUGACCACUCCCAAGUUCAGCAAGACCAACCACAAGGCAGCCGUUAAGGCUCUCGCUUGGUGCCCUUGGCAGAACAACCUCCUCGCCACCGGAGGCGGUUCCUUCGAUCGUCAGAUCCACUUCUGGAACACCACUACUGGCGCUCGUGUCAACUCGGUCGACGCCGGAUCCCAGGUCACCGCCCUCAAGUGGUCCACCAACUACCGUGAGAUCGUCUCUUGUCACGGUGCCCCCGACAACCAGCUCACCGUCUGGAGCUACCCCACUCUCGUCAAGAACGUUGAGAUCCCCGCCCACGAGACCCGUGUCCUGCAUGCCGCUCUCAGCCCCGACGGACAGAUGCUCGCUACCGCGGCUAGCGACGAGAACCUCAAGUUCUGGAAGCUCUUCGAGAAGAAGGCUGGUAGUGCCGCAUCCGGAUCUCGGUCUGGUGAGAACGGCAAGGGAAUGGCCAAGCAGAUGACUAUCCGGUAAAUCUGAUUUACUGGUAUUGUACUCUGAUUUUCUUUCUGCGUUUUUGUCUUUCAUUGUAUCGGAGUAUUGGCUGGGAUUGUUUGGGGGGUGGUCGGUGGGGGGGGGUCAAAACGGAAAUGACAUCAAUUGGGCUGGGUUCGUGGGAAAGCUGGGGAGAUGGGAAUGGGAAGGCUG